GCUCCCUGCUGAAAAUCCUACUGGAUCUCCUAGUGACCUGCUGUUCUUUCCUGCUUUCCUGUUUUAAAAAAAGUAUUAUUUAGAUUAAAAGCAAAGCUCGCUCUCUGUCAUAGUUUUUCUCCCUCUUUUUUACAUUUUGUAUUCCAACAGACAACUCAACCCUUCAGUUUAAGGUUCUGUUCUCUCCUAUGAGAAGAAGAGGGGCUGGAGGUACUGUAGAUUGUAGGUGAAUUUGAAUGGAGGAGUGUAGUGUUUGUAUCUUGUUGGAGGGGUUGGUGAAGGGACAGGAAAGGGGGUGUACUUGGGUGUAACGCUCAAGCUUCACUGCCAUGUCAGUGCCUGUGGACUCCAACUGAUUACAGAGCGAGAGAGGCGGAGAGAGGAAAAGAGAAACGAGAGUGAGACUUUGGUUACACCGAGGAAACGGGAAGAAGGAAAAGGAGCCAAAGUGUUAGUGUGGGGAUUUGUUUUACCGUGAGAGCUGUUUAACGGAUGCACUGACAGAGCUCUCCCAGCUGUGUCGAUAGGCUCCGUGUCGGACAGGGACAGACAGAGCAGAGCUGAACGGAAAGAAGAGAAGAGAGCAGGACUGGGCAGGAGGGAGGACUGCUCUCUCCAACCUUGCCUGAGACCAGACCAAAGCAGGCAGAAAGAUCUGGACUGGUCUGUGUUCCUGGUGGGGGGCAGAGGAGUGGAGGGUCAGGGGACAGGCUCUGACCUGAUAAUCAAUCAGACUGAACAUCUCUCCUGGGACCAUGUACCCUCAGGGCAGGCAUCCGGUCCCUAUUCAGCCUGGUCAGUCUUUCAAGUUCACAGUCCUGGAGACCCUGGACCGCAUCAAGGAAGAGUUCCAGUUCCUCCAGGCUCAAUACCACAGCCUGAAACUGGAGUGUGAGAAGCUGGCCAGUGAGAAGACAGAGAUGCAGAGACACUACAUCAUGUACUAUGAGAUGUCCUAUGGGCUGAACAUAGAGAUGCACAAGCAGGCGGAGAUUGUGAAGCGUCUCAGUGCCAUCUGUGCUCAGAUCAUCCCCUUCCUAUCUCAGGAGCAUCAACAGCAGGUGGUCCAGGCAGUGGAGAGGGCCAAACAGGUCACUAUGGCCGAACUCAACGCCAUCAUUGGGCAGCAGCAGCUCCAGCAUCUGUCUCACCACACCCCAGGUAUUCCCCUGACUCCCCACCCAUCAGGCCUCUCUCUGGGGGGAGGUUCAGGUCUGCUUGCCCUUACUGGAGCCAUGGGGGUCUCAGCCCACCUGGCCUCCAAGGAUGAACGCAACCACCUGGACCCUGAGCACCUAAGAGAGGCUGCGCCAAGCAGGAGUAAGUCUGUGUCGUCGACAGACAGCCAGCAAGUGGAGGAGCGCCAGGGCCCGUCGGGGGGGUACUCCUCCUCCCAGGGAGGGGGCGACGCUAAGAGGAGGCGCUGUGAUGACAAGGAGCCCCUCCCACCUCACUACGACAGUGAUGGGGACAAGAGUGAGGAUAACCUGGUGGUUGAUGUCUCUAAUGAAGAACCCACGUCUCCCGCGGGCAGCCCCCCUCACUCCCCCCACGGGAACGGUCUGGACCGGGCCCCCACCCUGAGGAAGGAAUUACCAGGGUCCCCCAGGAGCCCCGGAGAGGUCCCGUCCUCCCCCCUACCAUGCAGCCCCACACCGGGCAAGGCCAAGGACCCAGCACAGGUGGAGAAGUCUGGGUCUUCGUUGUCUAAGUCGAGCACCCCGUCCCCGUCUCACCAUGAGGCUCUCACCCCCGGCCCCGCCGGCCCCAGUACGUCCUGCCUCCGCCUGGUCAGCAGGGCUGCCUCCUCCACUGACCCCCUGGCUCUCCGCAGUCCUCUGUCUGUGCCCCCCAGUUUGUACCCGGCUCAAUUUGGGGGGGUGUCCCACGCAGGCGUCAAUGGGGAGCUAGCCAGUCCCGGGGGCUUCUCGCCCCAGAUCAGCGCUGCCACCAGCGCCUACACCCGCAGCCCCUUGGCUCUCCAGGUGGCAUAUGAGUCUCGGUCCCACCUCAGAGCCCCAGGGCUGUCCUCCUCACUGCCUGGUGGAUCCUCUGGGGGAAAACCUGCCUACUCUUUCCAUGUAAGUGCGGAUGGACAGAUGCAGCCGGUGCCUUUCCCUCCAGACGCCCUGCUGGGCCCGGGCAUCCCGCGGCACGCCCGGCAGAUCCACACUCUGAACCAUGGAGAGGUGGUGUGUGCCGUUACCAUCAGCACCUCCACACGCCACGUCUACACCGGCGGCAAGGGGUGUGUCAAGGUGUGGGACAUCAGCCAGCCUGGCAGCAAGAGUGCCAUGGCCCAGCUCGACUGUCUGAACAGGGAUAACUACAUCCGCUCAUGUAAGAUUCUCCCUGAUGGGCGGACACUCAUCGUUGGAGGCGAGGCUAGCACACUGUCAAUCUGGGACUUGGCCACACCCACUCCCCGCAUCAAGGCGGAGUUGACGUCUUCUGCCCCGGCCUGCUACGCUCUGGCCAUUUCCCCCGACAACAAGGUCUGCUUCUCAUGCUGCAGCGACGGAAACAUUGUAGUCUGGGACCUGCACAACCAGACCCUGGUUAGGCAGUUCCAGGGCCACACUGACGGGGCCAGCUGUAUUGACAUCUCCAACGAUGGGACCAAACUGUGGACGGGGGGGCUGGACAACACAGUACGCUGCUGGGACCUGAGAGAGGGACGACAGCUGCAGCAGCACGACUUCACCUCACAGAUAUUUUCUUUGGGCUACUGUCCUACAGGAGAGUGGCUGGCAGUGGGCAUGGAGAGCAGUAAUGUAGAAGUGCUGCAUGUCUCCAAACCAGACAAGUACCAGCUGCACCUCCAUGAGAGCUGUGUGCUCUCCCUCAAGUUUGCCUCCUGUGGCAAGUGGUUUGUGAGCACAGGGAAGGACAAUCUGCUGAAUGCAUGGAGGACGCCAUAUGGAGCCAGUAUUUUCCAGUCCAAGGAGUCCUCGUCUGUCCUGAGUUGUGACGUGUCACCGGAUGAUAAGUACAUAGUGACUGGUUCUGGAGACAAGAAGGCCACUGUGUAUGAGGUGGUCUACUGAGAACAGGAAAUAAGUGUGUGUGUGUGGGGGGUGGGGGGGGUUUACCUACUUCAGGACUACAGCAGGGCAGGUGGGGGCAGCUAUGGCUCUUUUGUACAGUAGCAAUCUCCCCAGCUCCAGCUCCCAAAGGACCCUACUACAACACCCCCCUCAUCUCAGCUAGCUGCUCAUCCCAGCAUGUACACUACCACCAUAGCCCUGAGGAUGAGGCAGGGUAGAAAGAGGGAGAGAUGUGUAGAGCGCAAGAGAGAAGGAGAGGGCUAGAGAUAACAAGAGAAGGAAGAGGAGGGAGAAAAGGAGGGUAAUUAGUGCUGUUUUCUGAUUAAGAGCUCAGCAGAAGGGAAACCCCAGAGGAGGAGCGCGCCACUCUGGGAGCUGCAGCGAGGAGCACUGAUACCAGACAAUCGAUUCAUUAGUCAGACAGUGGAACCCUUAAUGAUGCCAACGCUGCGCCACAGCUCCCCAGCAAGGGGUGUCAGGAGCUUGGGAGAGCUAUCACCGUGAGCCGGGCUGGAGAAGUGCUGGAGCUCUGCCCCAGAGAUAUACCCACAACACAGAUAUACACACACACACAGCCCUGCACCCAAUUAAAUAUUCAUAGCAGCGCUCCCCGUCUCACUCCCCUAAUAUCUAUUUUACUUUUGUCUCACAAAGGCCGCAUUUAAUGAGGAGCGGAGUCAAUCUGAGUCUCAGCGGGCCCCUGUGCCACAAACACUAAACAGACAGGAGCAACACUGGGCUAUGCUGUUCAUCUUCAUGCUUACCAAUGGCUUGUUCUCCUGACACCACUCACCUUUUAAUGCUCAUUUAACUUCCCUGUUUAAUACUACAUGCUUCAACGUGUAGCAAAUAAGGAAAUUGAUGAUAUCCACGUAUAUUGCAAAACCCUGCUCCGAUAGAACUUGUCACAGAGCUUAAUGUGUACAUUUGUUUUAAGUCACGCUCAAGCUACUUGAACAGUUGUUGCUUUAUAUUUUAAGAGGGUGCUGUGUUUGCCUACGUCUGUACGUUGGCCUUGGAGAGCAAAAUUGAGCGAUACACUACACAACCUAGUGACACAAGUGGGUGAGGGAAAUAUAUUUGUAUUUUUGAUCUGUGUCCUUCUCCUUGGUGAUGGUGACAAGCAGUGGACUGUACUGCCCUUUUCACAACACCACAGGGGUCCUAAAACUGGGUUACCAUUUUGGGGAAGGCUUGUUCCGACUCCUGUUUUUGUUCCUGUUUCAAGCAGAAGUGAUAACUGUACUUAUGUAGGUUCAGUCAUUCGUGUGUAAUGCUAUUUCAGUGUUUCUGUUCAAUCUAUAGUCGGUCAGUAUACAGCAGCAGGUGUUAGGUCAUGUUGCUGUGUUGGGGAAAGGUGAAGAGACAUUGGGAAGUGUACAGUAUAUGGUGCCUGCCUCCCUACCCCCACUCUCAUUGCCUGUCAGCCAUAGACAGUCUCUCUCAAUUCAAAAUCAAAUUUUAUUGGUCACAUACACAUAUUUAGCAGAUGUUAUUGUGGGUGAGUGUCUCUCAGCUCACUGACCACGUUUACAUGCGUACAUGUAUUCCGGAUUGUAGCUCAUAUACCGCUUAAGGUCUUAUUUGGGAUCAGUUAUUUACAUGCACCUUUGAUAUCCCUAUCGUGAGUAUCCCUGUAUCUAUGAAUAAACAGAUAUAUGGGUUAAAUGGAAUAGUAACUGAAAUCUGGACACUGACUGUAGGUCUAUAACCUCACAUGUAGUGUAACAUAAUAUUAACUCCUGCUGAAUUAUGCAUUUCUUGCAGUAAAAUUAUACAAUUAAUGUAAAUUGUCAGGAACUAGAGUGAGAAAAAUGAUCUCUUGGGGAAAAUGCGUGUAAUGCGUUUUAUCUUGGUCACUUAUGCAAGCAGACAGUAUUUCAACCACAUGAAAAUAUGCACCAAGACAAACUGAAGUCUUUUUGGAAACUUGUUUCAUCAGCUUUUCAUAUCCUUAAAACCAGUCAAACUGAUCACAUUUGGACAUUUUGCACAGGACCAAUCAUUCCACUGUUUAAAUUAUUGCAUUUUCUCCCCGGUCCCUAAAUGAAAGACAACUUUACUGGUGUUAAUUAGAUUACUAAUGCAUUCAUUCUACCGGUGUAAGACAUUCUGGUGUGCACUACUUUAUUUAGUCUUCUCGGGCAACAAGUUAUGACAGAAGAGAAGCUGCAUGACUAACUAGUUGGCAAAUAGUUUACCGAAUGUUGGAAAUCAUAAUCUGGCCUACUAAAUGUUUGAAAUUUGUAAAAAUAAGGGUGAAAGUAGUCAGUAAGCUAUACGGUCCAGUACGGAGUCUAAGCAAAAUAAAUUAUGGAAUUAUUAUGGUAGCCUACUUUUUGAAGUGAUUUGUUUGACAAUCAGAUGAAAAUAUCACAACACCCAUGAUAUUUGAUACGGGAUAAAAUGUUUAUAUGCCACAAUAUCCAGUCGAAGAUUAGCACAUCCCAGGCAUCUUAUCUGGUUCUCAGAACUGGGAUACAAGCUUUUUCGGGUUAUUGUAAAACAUAUCCCAUUAUAUGCGUCUACUUAGAAACAGAAUACUUAAGUAUCCAGAAUAACGGGAUAUUGGUGUGCAUGUAAACGUGGUCACUGUCAGUAAAACCUUCACAGCCCCUGCUUUCUCUGUUACGACAGUUAAUGACUUGUUUUAAGUGCUCGAUUCAAUCCGUAGCGCGAUUGAAAUUUAAGGGUCAUCUUCGAUUGAGCUGACAUAUGCCGUGUUUACCGUUAAUGAAGUAUCCUUGAAAGUGGGAACAUUGCGGUUCAAUUUCUACCGCACUGUAGCACAGCUCUUCAGCGCUACGGAUUGAAUAGUGCUCUUAUUUAAUGACUUAAAGCCAAUGAAAUUAAAAUGUAGUAAAUGAACUGUUUUCCUUUCUAACGAAUUUCCCAUGUGUUCUACAAGAAAUACUACGACUGGAAAAAUAAAUGGUUCAUCUUUUAAGUG